AUGGCUGAACUAGCGAACCAUCCUCUUCCCCCAGCUCCUCCGCCUGCCAUCUACUCCCCUCCUUUACGAAGCGACAGUCUCAGGAUCAUAGAACCCAUGGAAGAGCGGGGAAAUGUACAUAUACCUAUGGCCAAGCAAAGUAAUUCCCAGUCGAGACAGAUGAGCUACCCUUCGAUAUCCAUGUCCCCGGCGGACACACGACCAACGGACGAUGUGCAUGCUCUCGCGGACGCUGCCGCCGAAGUCCAAAUCCACCCUCCUGAAACUGCCAUGUCCAGAACUCCUGAUCCUGUGGCUCCGAAUAGGACUCUGACUCCUCAGCCGUCCUUGCACUUCGAUCCCAAUAGGCUCUCUCCCACACCUCAGGCAAUGUUCCGAGGACGAUCUGGAGAUGGCGAGCCAGUGGGUGCCGACCAUCGAAGAGUCUCGUCGGAAAAUUUCUCUACCCGAGAUGGCAUUGAAUUGACGCCUUUUCAAAAGAAGUCCAUGCGGCACGCAUCAACCUCUGCCAUUGAUCCAGACAUCUCUGCUGCCACUUCCGAGCCGCUGAGGUAUCACCACCAGUGGGCAGAGGAUGCUGACAUGACGUCCCUGAACAAGCGAGCCUCGAAGUUGACCAUUGCCACGGAUGGCUCUGGAGGAGACAGCAUCCGCAAUAGCAUCUAUGGCAGAAGCAUGCAAAGACCUGAUUCGGGAUUCUCAAGCACUUCCGACUUCCGCGGGCGGACCAACUCACCGCAUGCCUCCCCCGCUGGUCGGCCUAUCUCGCGCAGUUCGAGGUCGCCCGACACACGGCCACUGUCGUACGUAGAUCUUUUGAACGUCCCAUAUCCCCAGCCCGCACCAAGCGGAGCAGAACAUCUGGUGAAUUCGGGGUUGCGAUCGGUUGUGGGGACCAAUGCCUCGUUAAUGUCCACGAGGAAGACAUUGGAGAUGUAUCGGGCAAAUGUGAAGAAGACCCAAGACCCUGCCGUCCAGUACGAAUUUGCCAUCUUUAUGAUUAGCGCUGCGCAAGAGGAGGGUCUAGAGUCUGACGCCGUGUCCGACGCGGCACUGUCAGAGAAGUCACAUACAUCGGUCCGCGAGGAUCUGUUAAAGGAGGCCAAGCAUAUUCUACAAAGAUUGGCAGAUCGGUCAUACCCCUUCGCGCAGUACUACCUUGCAGACGGGUACGCUUCGGGGCUAUUCAACAAGGGUAAAGAAGACUGGGAUCGUGCGUUUCCACUAUUUCUGGCGGCGUCGAAACAUGGUCAUGCCGAGGCGGGAUACCGCACUGCAUUGUGUUACGAGUUUGGUUGGGGCUCACGGGUGGAUGCAGCAAAAGCGGUCCAAUUUUAUCAACACGCUGCAAGCAAGAACCAUCCUGGGGCCAUGCUUCGGCUGGGACGAGCAUGCCUUACGGGUGACAUGGGCUUGACCAAGCGAUAUCGAGAGGGUGUGAGAUGGCUUAAGCGAGCUGCAGAAUCAGCUGAUUUCCAGUACAACCAAGCACCUUUUGAUCUGGGCUGUCUACACGAGACAGGCUUCGGACCCGACGUCUUCAAAGACGAGUCGUACGCGGCCCAGUUAUACACAAAGGCAGCCGAUCUAGGGCACGUCGAAGCGAAUUACCGCCUCGGCGAGGCAUACGAAUAUGGACAGCUGAAUUGCCCAAGAGACCCGGCCCUCAGCAUCCAUUUCUACACCGGAGCCGCAGAACGUGGCCAUGCACUGUCACAAAUGGCGCUGUGCGCGUGGUACAUGGUGGGGGUUCCGAAUGUUCUGGAGAAAGACGAAGCCGAAGCUUAUGAAUGGGCCAAAAAAGCCGCCGAACAAGGAUUGGCAAAGGCGCAAUACACUGUUGGCUAUUUUACUGAAAUGGGCAUUGGAUGUCGCCGUGACCCGCUUGAGGCCAACGUCUGGUACGUCCGAGCAGCGGAUCAAGGAGAGGAGAGAGCCAAACAUCGAAUUGCCGCCAUCAGGGCUGCCGGGGCAGGGGCAGACCCUCUUACGGCAGCAGCUGCGAAGAAGGGAGCCUUGACCACCAGUAAGAGCACGGGGAAUAUUGGACCUCAGGGUGAGAAAGCCUGGAGCAUCUUUGGCCACUGA